GAUAAAAUCAGUCUCGUGCACGAUUCGGUCGCAAGAGCGGAACCUACCGUGGAUGUGUACUAGUACGAUCGCGCGUUUGUUCUGGUAGGUGCGGUGUGUUGUGUUCCCGGUUGCGAAGGAUAUGUUUUCGCCUUGUGUCGUUGGCAAAUUGAAGAUUCCCCUAAAAGUCUUUAAGAUUUGUGCGCCGUGGUAAACCGGUGUUUGGUGAGCUGAUGUGAAAAUUGAAUUACAGCAGACAGGAGCGGUGUGCAAAUCGAUGAGAAAAGAAAGAAUUUCUGACUGCUAAGAAAAUCAUCAGUAUGAACGGAAGAUUAAGUAGAAAGUGCUUUUCGUCGAUAUUCUGAUACAACAACGUUGUGCGUUGAGUGUUCUGCUAAAAGAAAAAGUGAAGAAGUUUCAGUUCACAAAAUUUGGACAAAGUAAGACCUGCUUUCAGCAAGCAGUGCAUAGAAAAAUCCAGCUAUUAUUAUUCACAUAUACGUGAACGGCAAGCAUUAAAACUGGAUACAUCACCGGCAGAACGACGGUAGAACGUGGAACCAUGAAUCAUCUCCCCGGAUCGUCCCCACGGUCACCGGCCCCGUCCCCUGAUCCGGAUGUGGAUGAUGGGAGCUCCAAAAAGCAGGCAACCAGAGUCUUCAAAAAGAGCUCCUCCAACGGUAAAAUAACAGUCUACCUAGGCAAGCGGGACUUUGUGGAUCACAUAACGCACGUCGAUCCCAUAGGUGAGUACCCUAAUGGCGUCGUACUGAUAGAUCCCGAUUACGUGAAAGAUCGUAAAGUUUUCGGACAUGUACUGGCCGCCUUCCGCUAUGGACGCGAGGAUUUGGACGUGCUGGGGCUUACAUUUAGGAAAGAUCUGUACCUUGCCUCCGAACAGAUCUUUCCACCGCUGGAAACAGACCGACCACUGACCCGCCUCCAGGAGCGACUGAUCCGCAAGCUCGGACCGAAUGCCUAUCCGUUCUACUUCGAAGUGCCACCCCACUGUCCAGCCUCGGUUUCGCUGCAGCCGGCUCCCGGCGACACCGGAAAACCGUGCGGUGUGGACUACGAGUUGAAGGCAUUCGUGGGCGAAACGCCCGAGGACAAGCCUCACAAGCGGAAUUCGGUGCGAUUAGCAAUUAGGAAAAUUAUGUACGCACCCUCCAAGCUGGGCGAACAACCAUCGAUCGAGGUCAGCAAGGAGUACAUACUGAAACCAAAUAAAAUUCACCUAGAAGCGAGUUUGGAUAAAGAGCUUUACCAUCACGGCGAGAGUCUUUCGGUGAAUGUACAUAUAGCGAACAACUCGAGUAAAACGGUUAAGAAAAUCAAAGUGUCCGUGCGGCAAUUUGCCGACAUUUGUCUCUUCUCAACGGCGCAGUACAAGUGCACUGUUGCGGAGGUCGAGUCAGAGGACGGAUGUCAAGUGGCGCCCGGUUUCACACUUUCCAAAGUGUUUACGCUGACUCCACUGUUGGCUAACAACAAGGACAAGUGGGGCUUGGCCCUGGAUGGGCAGCUGAAGCAUGAGGACACCAAUCUGGCCUCAAGCACGUUGUCUCGCAACAUGGUUGAUGGAAAAUAUAGAAUUGCCGACCCAUCGCAGCGAGAAAAUCUGGGCAUCAUCGUGCAGUACAAAGUCAAGGUUAAGCUGUGUAUUACGCCACUAGGAGGUGAUUUAGUGGCCGAGCUGCCGUUCAUCCUGAUGCAUCCGAAACCGGAAGACGACGAACCGGUGAUAGGGGAACGAUCGCCGAACCGAACGAUCAACAGUGCCGCUGACGGAAGCAGUAAACACCUGACGGCGACUGGUACUGGUUCGGGCGGUGAUCAAAACAGCAAGAACGGCACCAAUCACAGUGGUCCAGGUUCGGCCAAGGAGGAUGGUCCCAAUUUGAUUCAGCUAGAUGGCGACGAAAACUGUCCAGACGACGACAUAAUUUUCGAGGACUUCGCCCGAUUACGUUUGAAAGGAGCGGAAACGGAAGCCUAAUAAUGCAGCACUCCCGCUCCACCCCCAGCCAGCUCGCGUGUGUGGGCGUGUUCCCAAUGUGUGUAUGUGUACGUACUAGUUUUGUGCUGUUCUAUAGGGUAGCUAAAUGAGCGCACGUGAUUUCAGCGAGUAUGCGCCGACGGGUUUGCAGUGUCUAAUUCCAACAUUUUGCCAAAAUAAUCAUUUGCGGACAGUGGUAGCGCAGCAGCACACAGCAUCAUCUAUUAUAUAGCAACCAGACACGUAGAGUGUUGCGAGCACUUUCUCACCACCACCAACACCACCGAAGCCAGAGAGAAAAUUACAUAGAACCAAAUGGCAGAUGGUACAAUCUGUUCUCGUAGCACUAUCACUGUGUAAGUAGUUUCGGGACAGCAUCGUGAUAAGGUGUAGAUUGGGCCUUAGAGGGGGAGAGCACUAGCUGGUGGCGUUGUGUUUGACAGGAAUCGUUGGUGUAAAUCCUCCUAUCUAUUUUUUAUGUAGUAAAAAUUGAGCGAAAGAAACACCCUUUGGCAGGUGUGAGAAAAUGAAGAAUGAAUAUUCUUCAAUAAAGUAAUGGACUAUACAAUAGAUGAGAAGACCUGUUUGUAUAAAGUUAAGCGGACAGCUAAGUGUAGUUUAAGAUAAAAGAAAACCAAUUUUUUGCAAAAUGGAAACGAGCUAACUUUUAACACGUUUUAAAGGAAUUCAACUACAUAAAAGCAUUUACGAGGUGUACAAGUGUUCGCUUAUCACAGCUAUAGUCACAAUCGUUUUCAGUUGCCGGCAGUGAGGAACAGUAUAUAUAAAUAUAUUUAAUAUGCCUCAUUGUUCGAUGAAUUGUAUCGUAUAAAAUAAGCAUUUAUAUCAACAUUUCUUAAUUUAUUAAUGUUAAUUUGUCUGUUUUCAAAUA